UAAAUUAGCGCCAUCUUUUUGGUUUGGGUGGCCGGUAGGGGAUGCCUCUCGUGCCUGACGGCUGACGCCAUUGCCAGCUUUUCCCCCUUUUUCCUCCUUCUCCCUCGAGUUUUGCUUUUUCACCAUUUAUACAAACAAUCAAAACUUCCUCCAACCCCAAACACCACAACCCUACUUCUUCAAUUCUCUCUCUCUUUCUCUCUCUAUCUUAAUUGUUCUUCGAUUUUUCACUGUUUCAGAAUCUCUGCCUUUCCUGUUCCAAAUUUAAUCUCGUGAUUUGAAUUUUAAACCGAGUAGUGUGUGUGUGAGAGAGAGAGAGGGAGUGAGGAUGGCGAGCAAUAUUGGGAUGAUGGACAGUGCGUAUUUCGUUGGGAGGAAUGAGCUUCUCUCAUGGAUCAAUGCCAACCUUCAACUCAAUCUUUCUCGUAUUGAAGAGGCUGCUUCAGGUGCUGUACAGUGUCAGAUGAUGGACAUGACCUAUCCAGGAGCCGUUCCAAUGCACAAGGUUAACUUCGAUGCAAGAACAGAAUAUGAUAUGAUCCAAAACUACAAAGUACUACAAGAUGUAUUUAACAAACUUAAAAUCGAUAAGCAUAUUGAAGUAAAUAGACUAGUGAAGGGUCGGCCAUUGGACAACUUGGAGUUUCUACAGUGGUUGAAACGCUAUUGUGACUCUGUAAAUGGUGGCAUCAUGAAUGAGAAUUAUAAUCCUCUGGAACGCAGGAGUAAGAUAUGUAAGGAACGUCAUGUGAAAGCAAUGGCAUCCCAAUCCCAGAAGAGUUCCAAGUCUUUACAAACAAACAACUCCCAGAAUCCUGGAUCAGGGGACCACAAGAUAAAUGGGAGUAAGCAAAAACCAAGUGGAGUAGUAGAAGUGGAGUCUGAUUCUUCAGAGAAGAUUAAGGCUUUGUCGAAUGAGAUUACGGAGCUGAAGAUAUCUGUGGAUCUUUUGGAGAAAGAACGGGAUUACUACUUUGCAAAGUUACGGGAUAUUGAGAUACUUUGUCAGGGACCGGAAUUGGAAAAUAUUCCGAUGGUUGUGGCAGUUAAAAAGGUGCUCUACGCUGCAGAUGAAGACUCUGCACUUGCCGAAGCUCAACAAAUCCUAUCUGCCACUGCCAAUCAGUAAAUAAUCACCAGCUGGAUAAACAAAACCAAACCAAACUAUUGUAUCAUUUCAUUUCAUUCACAUUGUAAAAUUAAGUUAUCACAUGACCUGGCCAUUUUUCACCACAAAAAGGACAUGGAACUUGUAUUUGUAUGUACAAUCUUGUUUAUUUAAAUUGAUACAAUUUAAAUGAAAUGAAAUCUACACAUAUUUCUCUUA